ACGGCACGACGUUACCAGUAGUACCAGUUUACGACCUAACCAGUGGAGGCGAGGAGGGAUAACUCCACGCACCCUUACUUGCAGUGUUACGGUGGUAGCAGAGGAGGCUGACUCCACGCCCCCCCUGCGCCGCUAGGGCAUAACAGUGGCAGCAGCGGGAGGGCUACCUCCACGCCCCCUGCACCACGGCAUUACAGGUAAAGUUGGCAUAACUAUGUGCAUUCUAGGAUUAUGGAUGCAACAUAUUCUGCAUGUUAUUAAUUCCUUUUGUACUAUGGAGAUGCCCGUUCUCUAGCACACGCUUCGAAACUGGCAGUAUAUUGCUUCAUUCAGUACACCUGUAUCCAUAACUUACAUAAAUUCUCUACUGCAAAACUCACUUCAGCUAUAAAAAAAAUUAGGACUUCUUCCCAACUGAAGUCAAGGCUGUUUACAAAAAUAGAAGUCACCAAUAAUCAGUUCAGUGAGUGAUGGUGGUCGGUGAGUUGUUAUUUCUGUGUUGCUGAAGAAAGUUUAAUUACUAUACCUUGUUUGUCACUCAAUUGAGAAUUUGUGUUAUUGAGGGAACAUCUUGGAUACAAGAUGGCGGAUGGUGGUGUUUCGAAUGAGUGCGGCACUGUUAAAUUUUCGUAUAAUUGUGAAGAGGUCCCAGUAGCGAGCACCACAUUUCUUACCAUACUGCUGUUCAUCAUAUGUGUCCUAUCACUGCUUUUACUUCCGUGCUGGUAUGGGAAUGAGCUCACUCUUCAGAGUUUGGAAUUGGCACAAGCUGCCUAUGACUGUGACUGGUUAGAUGCUCCCCAGAGCUUCAAGAGGUCCCUUGUAACAAUUAUGUGCAGGGCUCAGAAACCUGUCAGGCUCACUGCAUGGAAAUUCUUCAAUGUUGAUCUACAAACAUUCACAUCGGUGCUAAGGGCCACUUAUUCGUUCUACCAAGUGCUACAUAAAGUAUACAGUGAAUGAGGAAGGAGAAG